AUGUCUUCUUCUUCUAUAGUUUAAGACAUAGAUUUCUUGAAGUCGAAAUACUAUGAGUAGUUCGGGGAACAGACCAACAAUAUAUGCCAGCUGUUCGAGUUUUACAGGAAUUUUUUCUCAUCUUAACAACCUUCGCUUGAUGAACCUUCAAAAUCAACGACUAUAAAUUUAAAUCAUAGAAUUGAAACUCUUCCACUCAAGAUUUUAGACGGCGUGAAUGCUCUCUAGUAUAAUUUGAAUCUAGACAGCAAGGAUCACUUUGAAAUUAAGAGUGGGGAUAAAAUAUCCUAAAAUCAACAGAUGCCUAUUGACAUUAGUACGAGUAGUCUCUCUAAUUAGUAAAGUUGCUUUAGUGGGUCUUAAAGCGUGACUAAUAUAUUCAGGCCCUAGAUUGAACAAGAUAUACCUUAAGAUAGCAACAUACUGGCUAAUAUCUCUCAUAAUCACACAAAGUAAAUAAUAAUGAAUCCCAUAAAUGAAGAUAGUAAGUUGAAUAACAUUUCACAGAUAAUUGCCAAGUUCCCUAAUUAAAAUUAAUUCCCUUCUUCAUAAUAUACGAUGAAUGAUCAGACUCUUGGAGAUCAACUAGGGGAAUUUUCCUUUGAAACCUAAUAGUUUCCCAACCUGAUUGGUGAAAAAUCUGGACCCAUAAAUAAUGUGAAUCACCACACUCAUGGAAAGCCAAUGAAUCAUAACUUGUAGAGUCCUAGUAAAAAUCUUUUCUCUGGAAACCAAGAGAACAGUAAAAUAGGAAUAAACUCUGGAAGCUUUAUCUCCCCUUUAUAGAAUAAAUCCCAGUAAAAUAUGAUAAACUACUCAGGAUUCAACUCUAACUUGAAUAACUAGUAAAACAGUUAGGAGUUCAUUGCAAUCCCUGGGAACUUGAGUCCAAUAGGACAAUAGUCCAACAUCAUCAAUAUAAAAUCUCCAUCCAAUAACAUUAAUCUAUAAAACAAAAAGGGUUAGAAUGAUGGAAUCGGCAAUAAUAAUGGUGGUAGUAAAAAUGGCUGGUAUAAAAUUUAGACUAAUUAACUUGCUUAGAAAAACAAGACCCUCAUAUCAAAUUUCACAAUAGUGUCCUCUUCAAAUGGAAACUCUCAACUCAUGUAGACUACCAAUUAAAAUAUAAAUAUGAGUAAGAACAAGGGAUACUCAUAAAACGAAAAUGGGAAUAACAACCAUAACUUUUAAUUCCAAUCUUCUAUUAUUGAUGUGCUUUCUGAUCUGACAUAAACUGCUCAUAUCUAAAACAAAUCAAUCAACCCAUCAAAUGAUACUAUAUAACUGAGCAAGAAGCAGAUCAGACGCAGAGAUAAACCAGAGAAUAACUCAGCAUCUCAGCAUCAUAGAGAUCAUGCCAAUGACAAGCACAGCUAAAAGCGCAAGCAUAGCAGUAAAAGAAGAGAUACAGUCUAAGACCCUUAGCUUAUUCUGAAUACAACUCAGGAUAUUGAAAGACUCGAGCUAGAAAUGCUUAAUGAAAUAAGCGAGAGAAAUGACUAACUCUAGUAGAUGGAAGAGUCUUUUGAGUAAGAGAAGAUUAAGCAGUUGACCUAGGCUGAACGAAUGCUUCAGGAAUCAAGAAGAGAGGCUAGCAGUAGGGAGAGGUUCUUCACAUAAAGAGAUGCAAAUUCUGAUAAUAAAUUCUAAACAAUGUAUAUGGGAUGUGGAAGUACCUAGAUAAUGUCUGAAUACAAAUUCAACAAUGCUUUGGAGUUUAAAUGCAAUCUAGGCAGAGAACAAUCAAUUGUGGAAGAAUAAAAGAUACAUUCUGAACGAGCGAUACUGCAAUUUCAUGAUUUUGGAAUAAAAAAAUAAACUGAGACACGCUAAAGUGAAACAGUGGAGACAUAGAGCAAUGGAACAUCUGAAGGCAACCUAAAUUUCAAGUCAAAUGGCAUACUAAAGCAAAGCUCUCUUUCCAAGAUCAGCAUGACCAACUAGCUUUAAACUUCAAAAAUCUCUACUUAAAAGAUAAAGCUAUCUCGAAUCAAAGGCAAAAAGCUUUCAUUCAACUCAGUAUCAAAUAACAACAAUCUACCUUCUGGGUAAAACAUUAACGGAAGCAAUAUAUUACCAUCAAGUAUUAUAAACACUGGAAUCCGACAGUCCCACUAAAGUGCUGCUGCCCCAGCUUCAGGCUAAGACUCUGAGAAUUAUAAUACUGUAGUUGGACUAUCUUAGACUAACGCUUGCUAGCAUGAGCCGAUCAAAAAUAGUCUGCUCUAGCUUCUAAUAAAUGAGUACUAGAAGAAAAAGAAUGCUCGGAUAACUUCAAUCCCAACUAAGGAUGAAAAAUUGCAGAUACUGAUUAAGUUCUGGGAGGAUGGGCUGUCAACUGAUAAGAUUUUGAGGAAAUUGGAAAUCAAGGAGAAGCAAUCUGCAGCCAAGUUGUCUGAUAAGGAGAUAAAGCUUAAGCUAUUUUUGAAAAAGCAGAGCAAUGAGUUGCUUGAACUUGCUGAAGAUAGCACCACAAGGAAAUACGGUGAGCUAGCAGUAGUUAAUAAAGAUCAUCUGAUAUGGAGUUUAGAAUAAUAUCUACAAAAUUUUAACAAGUGA